AGGUAGCAAUUGGAUUGCCUCCUCAGGAGAGAGCGGGCGCACUGGGGCUGGAGGGCGAGUAAAACGCCGAGCGUACAGGAAGCAUUGAAUCUUCCUUUGGUCUGGAGCUGUUGCCAAGUUUCCUGAAGGCUGUAAGCGGGGUUGGCCGCUGUUCUUUGCCGGAACCAUCAGUCGCUGCUGACACCCCUACCCCCUCCUUUCCAGUCCUUCCCCCUAUUCCCACACUCCAAUGACUUCUCUGUGCACGGACGAGGAAGAGUUUGACUUCAGCUUUCUCUUUGAGUUUAACCAACGCGACGCUGCCUGCAAUGCUGCCGGAGAAGCCUACAAUUUUGCGUCUCCACACAUAAAAGUCACUCCAUCAACAGGUGUGGUGAAUCCUUCCAUACCUAUAUCAUGCCAUGGCUUACAGACGUCUAGUCCAAGCCAUUCUGCACUCUUGUCAACACAUGGAAUGAUGGGAUAUGGGGGCAACAUUGACGGUGGUGCUUCAGGUUACUACUUAACUCCAAGUGUAAGACCAAAUGGUGCCGGAGCCCUUGAGAGUCCAAGGAUAGAAAUUACACCUUAUCCUGGAAUGCAAGUUGCCCAUAAUCAGUUUGCUGGCGAAACUGAAAUUGAUGGAAUUGAAAAUGGUUCCGGUUGUAAGCGCUCCAAUUCAUUAGUUACCCUGUCUCUCCCCAAUCCAGAUGCCUACAGAGAUCCCUCAUGCUUAAGUCCAGCAAGUAGUCUUUCAUCUCGAAGUUGUCAUUCAGAAGCAUCUGAAUCCAGUUAUUCUAUUACUUAUGAGGGCUCGCCUCUGGCCUCCCCUUGGCAAUCGCCGUGUGUCUCGCCCAAAGGCUCCACCCAUGAGGAAGGAUUCCCUCGAGGGCAGGCGGCAUGCACCUUAUGGAAUUCACCCAGGCAUUCCCCAGGCACUUCGCCAAGAACUAGCAUCACUGAGGAGAACUGGUUGAGCCCACGGCCCACCUCAAGACCAUCGUCAAGGCCACAGUCCCCAUGUGGCAAAAGAAGGCACUCAUUCAACGGUGGGUACUAUCGACAACCUUCUUGCUCACCACAUCACUCUCGCACACCAUCACCACAGGCCUCUCCUCGAGUAAGCGUUACUGAGGAAACAUGGUUGGGGAGUGGGAACCAGUACAAUUCUGCUAUACUUGCUGCCAUCACUGCCCUCACCACUGACACUUGCAUGGAUAUCAAUGACAGUAUACCAGUCAAGUCUCCAAGAAGAACUAUACAAGACCAAACCCCUUCCAUGUCUCUCAAACCAGAGCCAGGGAAUGACGAUCAAAGAGACUAUUCACCUUCCAUAGAUUCAUUGCAAGAAGAAUUUCCAGGGUCUCGUCUUCCUGUCAAAAAAGAAGCUUUCUGUGACCAGUAUUUAUCAGUUCCUCAACAUCCCUAUCCAUGGACAAAGCCAAAAUCUGUCUCAUCAUCAUCAUCAUCUUUUGCCAGCUCGACUUUGCCUGCCCUUGACUGGCAGUUGCCAUCCCAUUCAGGACCCUAUGAGCUGGAGAUCGAAGUACAGCCCAAGUCCCAUCACAGAGCACACUACGAGACAGAGGGCAGUCGUGGAGCUGUAAAGGCAUCUGGCAGUGGACACCCAGUCGUGCAGCUUCAUGGCUACAUGGAAAGUGAACCCCUCACUUUGCAGCUGUUCAUUGGGACAGCAGACGACCGCCUGUUGAGACCACAUGCCUUCUACCAAGUCCAUCGGAUCACUGGCAAGACGGUUUCUACAACCAGCCAUGAAAGCAUCAUCAGCAACACCAAGGUGCUGGAGAUCCCUCUACUGCCAGAAAAUAACAUGAGAGCAAACAUUGAUUGUGCUGGGAUAUUGAAGCUUCGAAAUUCUGACAUUGAACUGAGGAAAGGUGAGACUGACAUUGGAAGGAAGAAUACAAGAGUACGGCUGGUCUUUCGUGUGCACAUUCCACAACCCAAUGGUAGAACGAUCUCUCUGCAGGUUUCAUCCAAUCCCAUUGAGUGCUCUCAAAGGUCUGCCCAGGAGUUGCCACUGAUUGAAAAGCAAAGCAUUGACAGGUUUCCUGUGACUGGUGGAAAGAUGAUGAUUUUAAAUGGCCACAACUUUCUUGCAGAGUCAAAGGUCAUUUUUGUGGAAAAAGCAGCAGAUGGACAUCAUUUAUGGGAGACUGAAGCAAAGACGGACAAGGAGUUCUUUAAACCUAGUACACUUAUUGUUGAAAUUCCACCCUAUCGGAACCAGCACAUUACCAGCCCUGUCCAAGUGUAUUUCUAUGUCUGCAAUGGGAAACGGAAGAGGAGCCAAAGCCAGCGCUUUUCCUAUCUACCAGCUAAUGUUCCCGUUAUAAAAACAGAACCUGCCGAUGACUAUGAACCGCCCUUAAUCUAUGGAUCGCUCAAUCAAGGGAUGAGUCCCUUGUCCCAACCCUACUACCCUCAACCAGUCAUGGCUCCCGAGAUAACACAGGAUCCUAGUUCCUGCCUUGUAAGUAGUUUUUCCUCUUGUCAACAGAGGAACGCUGGGUUGUCAUCCUCCCCUACAUCAGUUCAUAAACAGCAUGACAUUACAUCUGCCCCCUAUGCAAAAUGCACCAGCGGUACAGCCAGUACUCAGCUUGGUCACCAGCAAUCUCGAACAGUGCCCGCUCUUCCAGAAGUGCACAGGUCGGUUGUUGUCCAUCCAACUUCGCCCACCCACUCUGCACAUGUCCUGAUGCAGCCCCCGAUGAGCCAGCACCUCAGCAGCAGCUGUUCCCAUGGCUUCCAGCAUGCCCUGUAUCCCAACAAUCUUUCUCCUCAAGGCCCUUCUGCUUCACCAGAGGCGACUUACGUGCAGCCCUUCAGUCCAACUAAUUCUGCAGCAAGAGGACAACAACAGCAAGCUCAAAAGUCUCCAAGGAAUGGAGCUCAAUCUAGUCCAUCAAUGAUGCCACCAAUCCCAGGGGAGAACAGCCAGGAGUUGACUCCUUUGCAAGUUACAGUGAAGCAAGAGCCUCAAGAACUGGACCAGUUGUACCUGGAUGAUGUAAAUGAAAUCAUACGCAACGAUCUCUCAAGUGCCUCUGUUCAUGGACAUUCAUAGUUAAAAGCAGCGUCAAGACAAUGGAGAGAAAGAAGAUGGUCCAUUUUGGGCAUCAGGAUAUCGACCAUGUGAAGAUCACGGGCCACGCUGCCUCAAAGAUAAUUCACUAGAUGUAGAAAUCAAGCUUUUAUUUCUCUUUUCUAGAAAUAAUUCACUUCAGGUAACAGGAUGCAAACUGUUUACUCGUUUGUAAUGACGCAAGGAUGUCAGCUGAUGACUAGCCAACGUUCCCAGUGAACUAUCAUUUGGAUGAAUUCUCAGUUCCACCACAAACUGUCUUCCUGAUUGUUCCCAAGUAAAAAUGUUUAAAGAAUUCCAAAGAAUCGAUAUUGUUGCAAAGGAAUAAUGCAGUCAAAAUGAUCAAUUUGGGUGUUUGGAAGUCCGCAAAUUAAAGUGCCUUACGUUUACUUUUGUUAUGGGGUGGGGGGAGUGUUCUUUGUAUUGUGCUUCAAUUAAAAGAAUCACAGUUAUAGAAAUUAAUAUUAAAAUGUGCUCUUUGUAGUAAUAUUUUAUUAGCAAAAAAUAGGAAUUAAUGUGAAUUAGUAGGCAAUUUACAAUGUUUUCACUAAGAAGAUUAUGCAUAACUCUUCUGUGAAAGGAGGUAUCCAACAAUGUGUGUAAUUGUACUGUACAUUGCAUUUCAAUUCAAAGCAACUCUGUGAUCUCUACAAACCCAUUAAUUACUCCACAGUAAGACACUUGGUUUCGUCUGCUUGAUUCAUUGCUUGAGUCAGGAUGUAAUGUCAUACUUCAAAAUGAAUGAGAUCUUACAGAAAUUCCAAAAAAAACCUCUGGAGAUAGCCUUAUAAAACUACUACCAAUACCCCCAGAGACUUGGCUAUGCAGAUCAUAGUAAGAUGUCAUUGUACAAUUCAUAGGAUUAAAGGAUUAAUUUUCCAAAAUGUAUUAACAAAGUGACUAGACAUUUAGGAUGUUUUAUGCUGAAUUGUUUGCUUGCUGCUCUUCUAUGUACAUUCACAGAUAUGUUGAAACCUGUUAUUUUUCACUGGUGUAUUUUUGAGUUUGAUGUAUUAUAACAUUCAAUGGAUGGGUUGUUCUUUAGUGCAAGUUAGGAAAUAUAUCAUGAGGAAGAAAUUUCAGACUUUACGCACAAAUAUUGAAAAGCAAAAAAAUUCAAAGUUUCAAUACAUUAACAAAGAUUGUCCUUUUUGUCACAACUAUUGCUAGAUAAACUCAUUGCACAUCAGGAAUUCAGUCCAUGCUCCAUCUAGUUACCAUUGCAUAAUACCGUGAGAUUUCAGGCACCAUUAGGUUAGUAGGUAUUUUCUCUCUUAACUGAGAAAACUGGGAUAUCAGACUAGAAGUGCAUUUCCUUAACAUUUCCAGUUGUGUAAGCACUUUAGAAAGUACAGUACAGAACAGUACAGUUAUCUGCCUCAACAGGUAAGUUUAAUUUUAUUUUUUAAAAAAAUCUUGAGUCAAACCUAGACUUCUCAGCUCACUAUGCUGAAGAAAAAUGUUUAAACUUUAUCUUAAAUGAAACUUCUACUGAACUAUUACAUUAAUGCUAUGUUAAAUCUUUAAACAGUGUGCUCUUAAUCAUAGUGAUCGCAGCUUAUAGCAAAUGUAGAAUAUUAGAAUGUAGCUUAACUGAAAUGAAAUAAUUUCUCUUUUAGGUUAUGUUUCAUAAAAGAUUGAGCUGAGUUCAUAUGGCAAAUGUUAACUGCUUCCAUUUUGAGUGCCUUAACCAUUAGUGCCCUCUCUAGGUUUUGCCCAGGAAUUAUUUAGUUGUGGUACCAGGUUAAUGUACCAAGUCAUUUUAUUGGUUAUGUACACACGAUUCACAGAAGGCAGGUGUGCGGUGAGCAACUACAUUCAUUACUUCAUCAAUAAAAUGAAAAACCAAAUGGCAACAGAUUAUUUGUGCUCCUGUUAUUGCCUUAUUACAAUUCUUACCACAAAGCCGACCCAGUAGAUUACUGUGAGGAGUUCAGGACAUAUUGUGGCAAUACUUUUCCUACUUAAGUGUCCUAACUGGGACAAAUUCUGAGACUUCUGCCUUCCAGGAGAGGAUGUUUGCUGGGGUCUGAAUCAAUGUGCAAUACAGCUUACAUGUUCAAUUAAUGUAGACUACCGUCAUGUUGUUUGACGUCACUUUUUCUCCUCUGCCUCUGAUCUUCCUAUUGCACCCAUCCAUGCAAACACAAAUUUAGGUCUGUUUAAGAUGAGGUUUGUCUGUUUAACAUUCAAAUAGUGGCUUCUGACAGAUAAAAGGCAAGAGAAGAGCAACUUCUGGGAGUGACAUUAAAGGUAAAGAGAAAAUCAUGCUCAGUCAUGUGAGAAGGAAACCUCAUGCAUUUUCUCCAUUUUCUUUAUGUUGUUAAUGCAGCGUUACUGGUUUGUUUUAUACCAUUACUAUUACCCUAGGACUGUCAUGUAGAAAUAUAAUUAGGAGGAAUGCUGAAAUAGUUGUUUAUACAACUUGUGUAGCAGGAUAACUUUCUUCAACUAUGCCUGAGCAGUAAAUCCUGCAAGCAUAAUACAGCAAUGCAAAAACAAUACAAUACUGCUUUUAUCUUGCUGAUGUAAGGCUUUGAAAAGGCAGCUUACUGUUGCAAUAUAACUGCAUCGCAUCGGAAGUGAAUAUUUGCAGUUUACUGCAAGACUCUCCAUUGGCCCAGAUAACAGAUUUUUGAUAAGUUGCAGCCAUUUCCAAUCUCCUAAAGCACCACCUGCAUCUUUCCUUUAUAUAAGUAAACCUUGCUUUUUUUUCAGUUUGUAUUUGCGCUAGAUUUUAUAGGGGAAGGAACAUUUUGUCUUUCAAUAAGAAUUCCCAGAAGGAAACCAGAGGAGAGGCUGGACUUGGAACCCAAAUUAGAAUGUAUAAUAACUGGUUGAAAUCUCUAGAGCAAAACACACGCCACUUUUUCAUUUCAUUUCAGGAAUGGCUCUUAAGUUAAAUAGACAAAGUUCCUGUAUUGUGCGUUGUGGCUCUAAUUCUCCAAAGCUUGUUUUUUUUCCUGUAUAUUUGUAUCAGUGUUUUUUUUGCAUUCUUGCUGUUAGUGUAACCUGUUUAAUGGAAAUUAUGCAAAUAUUUUCUACAUGUAAUAUAUAAUAAAAAGCACAAUUUGAAGUAAUCCAUUGAAUUUUGUGUUUCUACUCAAGAAAAUGUUGGCAUAGGU